GUUUUACUUACUUGCAUGAGCUCAUUAACAUUGUUUCAUCUGGGACGCUCAGGUCCAAGUUGGAGUGUACACGCUGCAUACACGCACCACUUCACGCCACCAUCAUGACGCGCCAUCUAUUUUCGAACAGCCACUCGUACAUUCUUUUUUCCAUCAAUCCACCAUGCACAGAUGCUCUAAAACUCAGGAAAGCGAUUCAGGAUGGUCUGGCAGAGACUUUUGGCAUCACAGCCUCUGGCACCUAUCUUGACAUCCUCUGGAUUGCUGAAAGUGGCUCAGAGAUCGUCAUACGCAUCUGCGAAGAGUCAGUCACAAGUAUAACAUUUAUUUCUCUCGGUGACAGAACAUGACAUCAGGGAUGCCCCAAAGCUGAUGGCGG